AUGGAGGCGCUGCUGCCGCUGCUGGUGCUGCUGGGCCUGGCGGGGCGCCCUGCUGCCCUCACUGACCCGUCGCCGGGAGGGCUGCGGGUCGCUGCCACAUGGGUGACGGUGCCGCGGCAGAUGGGGCCCCGGGCCGCUGGCGGCGCGCCGGCCCUCUACGGCCUGGAGCUGGCGGGGCAGCCGCGGGUGCUGAGCCUGCGGCCCCGGCGGGGCCUGGCCUCCCGCCCCUUCACCCUCGUCACCUACCGCCCCGACGGGGCCCGCUGGGAGGAGCAUCCCGUCGUGCGAGAUGACUGCUUCUACCAGGGCGAGGUGCGGGGGAGCCCCGGCUCCGGCGUGGCCCUCAGCACCUGCGGCAAGGGCCUCCGCGGCGUCCUCUGGGUGGAGAGUGACACCUACGAGAUCGAGCCCAUCCCCGACGAUCCGAGCUACCGGCACACCCUGUACCGCAUGGAGGCGGCCCUGGGCCCCACCUGCGGGCUGGCGCUGCAGGAGCUGCAGCAACACCAAAACGCUUUGCCACCCGCGUUCGAGAGCCCCCAGAUAGAGGAGGAGGAGGAGAUGCUCAAGGACUGGUGGACACACAUCAGGUACGUGAAGAUAGCAGUGGUGGUGGACAAUGUGCGGUUUGUGAAGUCAGGCAAGAAGGAAUCUGAAGUCUUGAGGCAAGUCCUAGAAAUCAUCAACGGUGGGGACUUGCUGUACAAACAGCUUUCUAUUCAGCUGUUUCUUGUGGGGUUGGAGAUCUGGACCAAAGGCAACCUUAUAAACGUUACUGCCUCUGCUCAGAAGACACUUCACGGGUUUAACAGGUGGCGGAAGUCAGACCUGUCUCCACGAGUGCCCCACGAUGCGGCUCACUUAUUUGCCUUUCAGAACUUUGGAAAGAACCUGGGACUGGCUUAUGUAGGGUCUAUAUGUGACAAUCAGUGGUCAUCAGCAAUUUCUUCCUUCACCAAUGCGAAGCUGUCCUCACUUGUUAACACAUUUGUUCACGAGCUGGGCCAUAUUCUUGGGAUGCAGCAUGAUGAAAAGAACUGCAAAUGCAGACGAGCAAAAUGCAUUAUGUAUGAAAGCAGUGUUGACACUGAUGCAUUCAGUGACUGCAGUUACAAACAGUACUUCGACCAGCUUGCGCGUGGUGCCAGCUGCAUUCGUCAGCCACCAGCACUUGGCAGUACCUACACCAUGAAGCGUGAAUACUGUGGGAAUAAGAUAGUAGAAAGUGGAGAGCAGUGUGACUGUGGUUCAGAGUCAGAGUGCAGAAAGGAUCCUUGUUGUCGCCCAAACUGUACGUUUACCGAGGGUUCCGCCUGUGCUUUUGGAAAGUGCUGCAAGAGCUGUCAGAUCCUUCCAGCAGGAACCCUCUGCAGACCUAGUACUGGUGUCUGUGACCUGCCGGAGUAUUGCAAUGGGACUUUCCCUCAGUGCCUGCCAGAUGUAUACAUACAAGAUGGGACCCCCUGCCAAAAGGGUUCUUACUGCUAUCGAGGAAAAUGUUCUUCCCACAGCAAGCUGUGCCAGCGUCUUUUUGGCAAACAAGCCAGGCCUGCUCCUUUAGCCUGCUUCAAAGCAGUGAAUACUCAAGGUGACCGCUUUGGGAACUGCGGCAUUCGGAACAAUACCCGGUUUGUAAAAUGCAGUGUGGAGAAUACCUUGUGUGGCAGGAUCCAGUGUGAAAACAUACACAAGUUACCUUUCCUGCAGAACCAUGUAACGCUAGUCCAAACCCCUGUUGGAGAUAAAAAGUGUUGGGGUUUUGACUAUCAUGUGGGGAUGCCAAUGGCUGACACAGGAGCUGUGGAAGAUGGCACGCCAUGUGGUAGGGACAUGAUUUGUAUCAACAGCACAUGUACCAAUGUAUCACUGCUGAACCACGACUGCAAUGUGACAAAGUGUCAUGGCAGAGGGGUGUGUAACAGUCAUAACAACUGUCACUGCUGGUAUGGAUGGGCUCCUCCGUAUUGUGAACACGAAGGAUUUGGGGGUAGCAUUGACAGUGGACCUCCUCCAGCCAGGGAGAUUUCUCAGGCAGAAAAAAUAGUACAAAUACUACUUAGUCUCCUUUUCCCUUCUAUCCUUUGUGUAACCCUUCUCAUCUGUUACAAACCAGAAAUAGUGGGAUGGUUUAGGCAGAAAAAGGUCCAAAUCCACCAAAGAAGAUCGUAGUUGUUUCAAAUACUGGAAGCACCAGUAGUUCCUAAAGGAGAACUCCUGCUGCUGCAUCAAAGUCCACCACAAAGCACUUGCCAAAGACCAAGAAGCAGUAGCUUUGGAUGCUCUUGGGGAAAGCUCUCUUGAGCAAAGCCAGCUGAAAACUCAUCAGACUAAUUCAACACAUUCUCAGUGCUUCUGAUCUCAUGUGGUGUCAUU